AUGUCUAUGCCUGAAUUUAUCGUCGACACCACUGGAGCUCAUCCUCCAUUAGAGUACUCGACUACCCUUCCUCCACCCGUUUCCAAGAAGCAGCCUUCUAAAUUCUCCCGCUCCAUCGUUAAACUCUUCAAGUCCAUGUUCAAGUCCAGACAAAGCUCGAGUCAUUCGGUUUUGUGGCUGAAACAAAGAUCACUCGAGGAGUACUACGUGAUCUACGACAAAACGGGUGCACUGACCACGAUCCCUGAGGUUCCCGAGAUCGAUUUCGGAGGGCUUUCGCCAGAGAUUAACUCAUUGGUUAUCGAGAGAAGCGAAUCGGAAAUAUUCACUGCUGCCUCCACCGUCGGUAUUUCAUGUGCUUGA